ACACCACUAAGAACGCCUGGAGACGAAGUUGUAAAAGUGAAAGAUGGAUACCCAUUCUGGAAUUCUCUUGACCAAAUGUGCUCAGUUUCGAGACGAAGGGCAAUUUGUCGACGUUCUCCUAAAAGUCGGUGAAGAAACUUUUCCCGCUCAUCGCAAUGUGCUCGCUUCGUACAGCGAUUACUUCUACGCCAUGUUUGCAGAUGGAAUGAAGGAGUCGAAUCAGGACGUUAUCGAGCUGAAAGAUGAAAGCCUUUCACCACACGUCUUCAAGGUCGUUAUGGACUGCAUCUACAGCGGAGAUCUUCAGAUCAAUGAGGAAAACGUGUUUGAAGUUCUUGCUACCGCAGACUAUCUUCAAGUGAGGAAUGUUCUUCAACAAUGUUGUGAUUUCUUGUUGACUGAAAUUAUUCAGUCAGCUCGAUUUGAUGUACAAAUGUAUCGACGCGUUUGGACAAUUACCGAUAGACACAGCCUUAGAGAAGUUAAGGAGGCCGCAGAUCACAAGAUGGCAUCCGUGUAUAGAGAUAUUGGUGACAGGAAAGAGUUCCUGUCGAAUAUCGACGCAGACCAACUACUCAGCCUUCUCGGUCGAGAUGACCUUAAUGUACCUUCGGAGACGUUCGUCUUCAAAUCAGUGAUGCAGUGGAUUAAACACAAGAAGGAGGAGAGGAUGGAAGUUGCAUCUAAAGUUAUCGGAGCCGUUCGAUUGGGUCUGGUGGACGUCAAGGUCGUAAUUGAAGAACUAGAAAAAGAAGAAAUGCAGCGAGAUCCUGAGAUCAACAAACAUUUACAAAUGGCAAUGAAGCGUCACUGCAUGCCCGACAAAUUUUCUGCGGAGAAUGAUAAACCGCGAUCGAUGAAAACGGUAAGAUGGUAAAUAUCCCUUAAAAAAGGAAGACCCUUUUAACUCAGGAUCAUUAACAGUGAAAUUCAGUUUGUUUUGUGCUCCCUAUUGUCAGCCAGUGUUACAAUUUCCUUUCGCAUAAUUCAAGUAUAAUUCUACGUUGUGCUACUCAUACGGAACCCGUAAGCCAACUUGAAUUUGCUGUUUGAACGUGAUUCGUCUGAGUAAAAGUAGUGAAGCUAUAAUUCACUUAAUUCGAUUUCAAUCAAAGCCCUACGAAUUUUUAUCUACCUUGUAUCGAAUUAGCAGUACUUUUGUGAAUUAAAAAUAUUCUUAACGAUAGUCACUUGAAUACAAAGACCGCAUGCCGACGACUUUUGAUUUCUAGUACUUUCUAAUCACAUCAGAUGGACACUUGAUGUGUCUGUGUCACAGACGUUGAGUAUGAUUAUUGAUAUACGAGUGUGCUCGGUCACUUUAUUUCUGGCCAUCUUUUCUUGUAUCCAAUUUUUGGCUUUCAGCAAAGUAACUAAAUUACAAAGAAUAUCACAGGUUCUAUCAGCCCCCUCUGUUAAAGGGUAUUCAUAUUUCGAUAUGUUACGAAAACUCCGCCAUUGCAAACGAAAUGCUUCAGUCCUAUAGGAGUAAAGUGUAUGAAAAAUAACCCCCUUUCCCUUGUAACAUAUAGAAUGAGGGAAGUCAGUCUUUGCCAACAUACUAUAAAGGGGGAACUAAAAUUAUUACAGAGCCUCAAGGGAUCAUGUAAAUUUCAUAGUGACACAAUUAUUCCUCCGAACACCCCCCCCCUCCUUUCCUUCCCCGAGGCGUUAAAUCAUAAGCGAUGCGUUACCUCAAGAGAUUAUGUAAUCUCUUUCUUACCAAGAAAUGUUUUAAAUUAUUCUGUAGGUUCUUGUUGCAUUUUGCCCAAGGGAGAAGUCGAACCAUAACAGAACUGUUCGAGAAGCGAUGUCUCACUACUUUGAUGAGGAAAGUAAAGAAUGGAAACCUUUAAAAUCUGUGCCAAUUGUAGGUGAAGUAGUUAAAAAGUGGUCUUGUGUGAAAUAUAUCGGAAAUUGUUUGUAUUUAGCCUGCUCAGAUGCUGAUAAAUCAGAUAUUUAUCGUUAUCACGUAGUGAAAAAUUUUUGGGAAAAACUAACAAAGUCGAGUUUCCCUAAGAUAAUCCAAUGUUUGUGUUGUGUUGGUGACUAUGUUUAUGUAUUUAGUGAAUCUAGUCCACCCGAGAUUUACAGUUUGGCUGACAAAACCUGGCAGCCGGGUAGGGACAAUUUGCAUUUAUUUGAACAAAAAGAGUUAAAAUCUGUAGCAGCAGCAGUAAUGAACUCUAAGUUAUAUGUUAUGCAUGGGCUCCUUAUAUUUCACCAAUUCAGAUAUGUACCAAAACCUGCCUUAGUGCAUUGUUUUGACCCAACAAAAAAUAAAUGGGAAAAAGUCGCCUCAACCUGUUAUCCUCACUUUGGAUCCAGUCUUAUUGUUGUCAAUAACAGACUGUAUGUGGCAGGGGGGAAAAAGGUGUGCAAUCUAUUCGGUGAGCUGAACGAUGAAAAUGCACCGGUAGAAGUUUUUAAUGAGAAAAGGGGACCUUUAUCUUGGUUUGGGAGAGGGAAAGUAAAAGAACUACUGAACAGCUGGUCUGUUGUAGAACAGAAGCAUAUACCCGCCAACAAUCUCGGUGCAGUGGAAAUAGAAGGGAGGAUAUAUUUUAUCAUCAACAAAUUUCCAGUCGACAGUGGGAUAAGAAUUCAGCCAGAAGACACGCACCAGGUUAAUCUUGAUGAAUGGAAAAACUUAACGACUUUAAGUAACCAGGUAGUCCUGUAUUAUUUGCCUGUAAAAAAUGAAGACUUAAAGUGAAAGAAGCUCGGAGCUAGAUUAAUGGUCAAAAUGAAGUUAUUACUUAGUCAAAAUUUAAGUUUCUGAAUAGUUUGCUUUAAAAAUAAAUAAUAUUUAUCAUAACAUAAAAUGUCGAAAAAACGUUUUUGUUUACGCCUUUCUUAUACCAAGGCAGUUACCCCGCAACAACAUGUAAUGCGUGGUUUAGAUUGAGAGGGAUUGGGAAGACCCACUUUGGUUUUUGGAUUUUUAAAUUCAGGAACGUUAAGAAAGUUAGGAUUCAGUGACCCGCACGUUCACAAAGACUCGCGCUUUUUUACCUCUUUACCAAUGAUAGAGUUUUCUAUAUGCAUAAAGAAAACUGAAAAGUGUUUUUUUGUUGUCUUUCGUAUUUCAUAGUCCUUGAUUUGGAGCUAUGACAUAUAUAACUGUACUGAUCUUAAUAAAUCUGAGGCGCUAUAAUUUAAUAUGCUAGUUAUACUGACUCAAAUUGUUAUUUUCAUAUUGAAUGUACAUUUUAUAAUGCUCAAUAAAUUUUGUUAGUUUAUCGUCUAGUUUUUUGUCUUUGACUCGCAAAACAUAACAAGAAGUAGGCAGAUUAGAGCACUCGUUUCCUUGCGUUCAAAUAUUUUCCAUUCUUAGGCACUGUUCUAUUACACGUAAUUACGGGUUAUUUGCGUACACUGAAGCAUUGCCAAUGUCAGACAUGUUAUGGCUUGUGGGAUUUUACUGAAUCACUCAAUAAACUACUGCAACCAUUCGGUUGAGACCGCGUUCAAAUGCAAGAGCAAAUGAAUAUUUCAAUAUUUCAAUAUUUCAAAUGAAUACAGAUUUCAGUAAGUUCUUUGAAUCGAUGCUCGCUUGAUGCAUAUGCUUCUUACUUUUUGAAAGAUCGAGAUCGAGAGAUACCAGUUGAACAUUACUUUGAAAAUCAAACUUAAACACUGACAGGCAUAAUUUAGCUUAUUCUUGUUUUGAACUAAGAGUUACAAUCAGUGUUAAGCUCCGCGUUAAUCAUGACAAGAUUCAAGUUAGGCAUAAGCUUGACUUUUUGCGGAACUUUCGCUGAAGGUCUAUCGUUGUAACCCAUGUCGUUAUUAUACAAUCAUAAGAAACUGCAGUGAACUUUAUGCCCGACGGAAAAAAUUUAAGUGUGUGACAAAUGCAAAUUUGUUUGUCUAUCUUUAAAUGUGAAGUGUCUAUAAAUUCCUUAAAGGAGCAAUCAAUCAAAAUUCAGCGUCCUAAGUACCCAGAAGUUUUGAGACGCGGACGGCGAAUAAAUUCUGGUGAGUCUUGACAAUCAAUUGGAAGUCUUGUGCAGCAAGCAAUAGCAUCCAGCUUAACGGUACAGACAAAAGAUCUGUUGUAACCGCUAGGGAAAAGAACUCUUAACUUCCGGCUGCCUCCCGUGUUACUGAAAUGUAUUUUCUUAGACGCACUAAGUUAAAUGCUUUACGGAGUGUAUUGCGGUGAAAAAAAUUGCAAUAAUUGAACGACAUCAGGCGCAGCUAUUACCUUAUUUUUCCAAAGUAUUGUAAAAUUAAGCUGAAAUGAUCUCAAAUUCCUUACCUCUUUAUAUCCAUCUUUAUCACCCUCCCCUGGGCGAUGUGUAAAUGCUGCCUAACUCAAGUUUCCUAAUUUGAUCUCUGGUCACGCGAUCAAGCGAAUGACGGGAGUCGUGCGAAUUCAACUGUCUCUCGUCCUAAAAUGGCUGCAUCCUCUGAGAUUUUACUUUUAAAAUGCGCUAAGUUUAGGGAUGAGGGUCAAUUCAUCGACGUUCGAUUAAAAGUCAGCGACGACGUUUUUACAGCUCAUCGAAUCGUGCUGGCUGCGAUUAGCGAUUAUUUCUACGCCAUGUUUACGAACGGAAUGAAGGAGUCCAACCAAGAAAUGAUCGAAUUGAAGGACGAAAGCAUCACGUCAAAUGCUCUAAAGAUCAUCUUAGACUCCGUCUACACUGAAGAUCUCCAUGUCACCGAGGAAAACGUGUUCGAUGUACUCGCUGCAGCAUUUCACCUUCAAGUGACGAGUGUUGUACAACAAUGUAGCGAUUUCCUGAUGAAGGAAUUUGUUCAGCUCCGACUGGACUUGCAGAAUUACCGUCUGCUCUGCACGGUUGCCGACAGACACGGUAUGAAAGAUCUGCGAGAGGCGGCGGAGAGCAAGAUGGCAUUAAAGUUUAAGGAUAUCUGUGAAAGCGAAGAAUUUUUGUCCAUCGUAGAACCCGACCAGUUAGUCAACCUUCUCAGCCGAGAUGACCUCAGCGCACCGUCUGAGACAUUCGUCUUCAAAUCAGUGAUGCAGUGGAUUAAACACAAGAAGGAGGAGAGGAUGGCAGUUGCAGCCAAAGUUAUUGGAGCUGUUCGUCUGGGUCUGGUGGACAUCAGAGUUGUGAUUGAAGAACUGGAUACAGAAGAGAUGCAGAGAAAUCCUGAGAUCCACAGGCAGCUACAUGAGACGUCCUUGUAUAACAACAUGCCUUCUCGCAAUUCGAAGUUUGCAGAGGAAAGAACUAAACCGAGAUCAGCAAGCCAGGUAAGUAGAAGCACCGGUUAAUAUUUGUGAUCCAUCACAAAUAUUAGCAUUUUUAUGCUAGAAUAGAACAUUAUUAUAAUCAAUUAACUAAGUGGACGAAUUUGCUGAGUUCUGUCGAUAGAACCUCUUUCCUUUCACGUUCAAAAAAACGGUUGUUUACAAAUUUACUUUAUUUUCUUAUUUCAGGCUCUGAUUGCAGUUCUGCCUCGAACUCAAAUGAAAUAUUUUGAUUUCGAAAACAAAACAUGGAAAACUUCACCAGCAUCAAUACCGUCAAUUAAAUCAACUCGUUGCCAUUCUGCAGUCUCUGUUGGGAACACCCUAUUUGUUACUGGAGAAACACCAGAUGGUAACAAUUCCCUUUUUCGCUACGACACUGAGAGUAAUGCAUGGGAUAUGAAGCAACAUUCGUGCGGUGGAUCAAUUGACAAUUUAUGUAUCAUGGAUGACUAUGUAUAUGUCAUUAGCUCUGAUUCAUGUCAGGUUCCUCAAAGAUACAACAUGGCUAAAAGGUUAUGGCAGAGUAUUUCUAAUGUAGAUAAUCCAAGCUGGAACCUUUUCGCCUGCAAUAAUGGGGUUAUAGCUUACGCAAAAGUGUUUGUUCUUUAUAGUAACAGGCCCGAUCGACCAGCAGUGCUUCAAUGUUUCGACCCAACUAAAAAUGAAUGGUGUGAAAAGGCCAAAACCUGCCAUCCUCAUUUUGGAUCCACUCUUUUUUUAGUGAAUGACAAACUUUUUAUAGCUGGGGGUCGUAUGGGAUUAAAUAACAAUUUUCCAUAUGGCAGCCACGCGCCUGUGGAAGUGUAUAACGAAAACACCAACACUUGGUCUGUUGUUGGGCAAAAACGUAUUCCUGUUAACAAUCUAAAUGCAGUGGAAAUAGAAGGGAGGGUAUAUUUUAUCAUCAACAAAUUUCCAGUUGACAGUGGGAUUAGAAUUCCACCAGGGGAGUUGUAUCCUGUUCCGCUGGGCGAGUGGGAAGAUUUAGGAAAAAUUGAGCAAUCUGCAGUUCUUUGCUAUUUGCCUCUGAAGAGAGAAUGUAUAAAAACUGAAUGACCUCAUAUGCCUUUCUUAUGUCAAAGGAGCCAAAAGAUAAGGAGCUGUGAAAGGGUAAAUAAACAGCUGCUGUAACCUUCUAAGCAUGCCCAGAAAACUAGUCGGUUGGUAUUG